GUGGGGCGCAGCGAUGAUGUCAUUUUAAAAGUUAACCCACUCCCCCAGUCCGAGUUGCUGAUUUCUUCAUAACAUUUCAUUUUUUUCUGCUGAAGUUUCACUAACAGUCGUACGGAUUCUAGCACUCAUAGGUGGAAUAUAGGUGACCUACAGCUGUAGAGGGAAAACUUCUCCAUUCAGACGACGCGGGAUUUUAAUCGAGCUGCCCCGUGAAGCGGGCAAAAGUGUUAACUUUUAAAAAGAAAAAGCAAAAAUGAGUCGGAUUAUCCCUAAUAAAUCACAGUCUUUACGACAAUUGGAUUGCAAUGCCGUUGAAGUCAAAAGCAAGUAUGGGGCUGAAUUCCGCAGGUUCUCUGUGGACCGUGUGAAGCCAGGCAAGUUUGAGGAGUUUUACAAGCUUAUCAUGCACAUCCACCGCAUUGCCAACAUGGAGGUGAUGAUCGGCUAUGCAGACGUGCACGGAGACCUGUUGCCCAUCAACAACGAUGACAACUUCUGCAAGGCUGUCACCUCUGCCCAUCCCCUUCUCAGGAUCUUCAUCCAGAAACAAGAGGAAGUGGACUACAGCAGCUUUGGUAGCAGCACGCUCACACGCAAGAAGAAAGCUGUGGUGACACUCCGCAAUGACUUGAACAGAAAGCGUCCGCACAUCCGCAUCGGAAUGCCCCAGGACUUCCGACCUGUGUCCUCCAUCAUUGAUGUGGACAUCCUGCCUGAAUCCCACCGCCGCGUCCGGCUCUAUCGGCACGGAUCUGACAAGCCACUUGGCUUCUAUAUCCGGGACGGGACCAGCGUUCGUGUUACGCCCCAUGGCUUAGAGAAGGUUCCAGGCAUUUUCAUCUCGCGGUUGGUACCAGGGGGGUUAGCAGAGAGUACGGGGCUGUUAGCGGUCAACGACGAGGUACUAGAGGUUAAUGGCAUUGAGGUGACUGGGAAGACACUGGAUCAGGUGACUGACAUGAUGAUCGCCAACAGCCACAACCUCAUCGUCACGGUGAAGCCGGUCAACCAACGCAACAAUGUUGUGCGUGCCAGCCGCAUAUCAGGCAGCUCGGGCCAGAGCUCGGACAGCAGUGCUGGCUCCUGUGGCUACCCUGCCCUUUUGCCCAGCAACCACGCCACGUCCUCACCUGUUGUCGGGGGCGCCCACAGCACCUUUGUCGGUGACGACCUGGAGAGCGAUGAGGAGUCCGACAUUGUGAUUGAGAGCAGCAUUAAGAGGCCGUCACGACGCUCCAACGCUUCCGUGGCCUCCACCAGUUCGCGCUUGCAGCCCCAACUCCCCUACAUCCCACCUCAUGCCAUACCCAACGCACCACCCAGCCCCCCCACACGCCCCCCCUCCAUCAUCUCCACGGCAUCAUUCCACUCGCAGCCUAGCCUGAACGGCUCUGGCCCUGCCAGCUUGAGCUACCAGCUACACAGAGACCUAAGCCUGCAAGGACCCCACGUUAAUCCCCAUUCCCACCACACCAGUAGUCCUGGCCUUCGUCACAGCAAUGGCAGUCUGCACAAAAUUCUCAGCUCGCUCCGCACAGACCCACGCCACAGCCUUGCGCUUCCCAAAGGAGGAGUGGAGGAGGAUGGCACUGUCAUCACACUGUAAUGCCCUACAUCACAUCUCAGAUUGACUGUCAUUUUCUGUCUAAUCUCUCUUUCUCGUUCUUUCUCCGUCUGUCCCUGUCUUUCUUUUUUCUUACGUUUCACCCUCACACACAAGCAUCUAAUUGCCCAGAGACUGAGUUGGAACAUCAUCAGCUGUGACCUUCUAAAUGCAAUGAUGUCAGAAAAAAAGUAUUUUUAUAUAAAAGGAAUAAUUUAACAAAUACUUAAUACAAUCAUGAAAUAGCAGCAUCUUCUCAAUGCUCAUUUUUGUUUUGUGUUGUAUUUGGUUUUUACCCAUCACAGACAUAAGAGAUUAAAAGUGUUACAUGCCAGACCACUAAACAAGCACAGCAUUUUUGAAAAAGAAAAUCUCUUUCCCACUCAUUUUAAGCAGUUAUCUUUUCAUUAACAGGACCAAAUUGGAGCUUUUGCAUCUUUUAAGUUUUAUUUUUUUAUUUCUGUUGAUUUGUGUAUCUAAGGACUGGCUAGUCCACACAUAGAGACCAGAAUGAUCUGUAUUGAAUGAUUGUUUCCCCAUUGAGUCCGGUGAGUUAUAGGCUACUCCACACUGUUUAAUCUGGUUAACAUAUUCAGGAAUUUCACAUUGGGAAAUGGAAUUGAGUAUUUUAACUACGACACCUAUCCACAUGUUUGUAAUGUUCUGUCUGUGUUUUCACCCAAACAUUUUUAAAGUACUUUCCUUAAGACACAUAAAGCAGAUUUUCUGAAGACAUAUACAUUUUUCAACACACUUGUGUGCUUUAAUGGCCACAGAAAAUGUCAAUUUCCAUACUGGUGUCCCAUCACUUCUCUGGUAACAAAUGUCAUUGACUUGUCUGUUUGCACUUUACCACUCUGAACAGCAUAUGGGAUAAAAAUGCUUCACUAAUAACCACAAAUAACUGGGUGAAGGGGUGCUUAUUGGGAUUGGCAGUGUUGCACAGUGUCUGGUUUUCAGUGGUAGUUUACAGCAGUAGCCUACUCCUUUUUUAUAUUAUAUUUUCCAUCUAAUUUCAUCAUGGGAAAAUGUAACAUUAAAUAGAAAAAGAUUUUCAUUUAGAAUGAUUUUCAGAACAACUUUAAUACCCGUUUUAUAUCAUUCAAGACCAGUAUUUAAAAAUGAGACCCAAGCCACAAAUGCCUUGUCAAUAAGGUAUCAUCAACUACUUGGUGGAGCCCAGGAGAUAUUUAACGUUAAGUACGUUAAGUUAAUUUUAGUAUAUGAUCUUUGUUACCACUAGGGUUGCUCAGGACUGGUAAUCAUACUGCUUUUCUUAGAGAAAGUCGGCACCAUGUGAUGUGUUAUUGGUAUAUUUGGUAAUUUAGCACCAUCUGCUGGGCUCUGUCAACGUUGCCAGCUUUCAUCACAUGAUACGCAAAUGCUAUGUUAUUAUUUAUUGCAAAGAUUCCUUUCAAUCUCUUACUGGAAUGUCAGGAUGUUGUCCAUUUCUGUUUGUGUUCAUAUGCAUUUUUAAUUGUGAAUAAAUUGUUUCAAAAACUCUUCUCUAUUACACUA